CAGGUGGAGGGUGCAAACGGAGAGAAACCAAGUGGGAAGGGGAGAGAGAGAGAAAAAAAAACCCAAGAUGAAGGAAAGAGACGGAAGGAGAGCUUCCUCCUGUGAAGCACGCUGACGGAAACCCAGCGAGAGAAGGCGAGAGGCGGCGAGGAGCGACGAGGAGUGGAGAAACCACAGACUCCUGCACGGCUUCUGGCAGAGUGAAGGAGGAGGAAGAGUUCGAUGCUUCGUUCCUACUCUGGCUGAACCCAAACAGAGAGAGAACGAAGAAGCAACAGAGAGGAGGCGGUGAAGGAAUCCCUUUGGAAACAAAAACAGCCCAAAAAAAAAUCAAGACGAAGGAGGAAAUGAAGGGAAUGGAGGAGAGGAGAAUGAGCAGAGCUGCAGAUGCUCGGUCGCUGAGGCUCACAUGAGUUGUGUGGACCCCAGCUCGGUGAGAGUUACUACAAGAUGCUGUCAGAGAGCGAGCGUGUGAGGGCGGAGUGCCAGUGAUGGAUGUCUUGUUUGCACAAACUACGGCUGCUCCUUGAAACUCGCCAGAAGUAGACGAGAGGCCGUUCCUCUGUCGGACAGAGGUGUGUGUGUGAGCGAGAACAUAUGACAGACCAGCUGUUUUAGCAGGUAAACGGGGUCAGAGGCGCCCAGAGGAGGGAACCCAGGAAGGACGCGCUCACGUGUGGGAGUGCAUGGACAGAGCUUCACCACAGAGCCACAGCUAAGCACCAUAAAAACAAGAAAAGGUGACUACAAUGGGGUCUCCCUGAGCUUCUUCAGAGCUUCUCUUGACUUCAGACCUUACUACUCGCUCCCUACCUCAUCUCGACCCACCAAGUGGACUUGACGACUCGCGCUAAAGGACUUCAUCUCGAGCGCUACUUCUCUUGCCAACUGGGAAGCGCCACCUGAUUUUUCUGUGCCCGGUGGAUGCCUCCUAACUCCAACCAUGGGAGAAUGGACCAUCCUAGAGCGCCUCCUGGAGGCUGCAGUGCAGCAGCACUCUACUAUGAUUGGGAGGAUCCUGCUGACCGUUGUUGUGAUCUUCCGGAUCCUCAUUGUGGCCAUUGUGGGGGAGACGGUGUACGAGGACGAGCAGACCAUGUUCAUCUGUAACACUCUGCAGCCCGGCUGCAAUCAGGCCUGCUACGACAAAGCCUUCCCCAUUUCCCACAUCCGCUACUGGGUCUUCCAGAUCAUACUGGUGUGCACGCCCAGCCUCUGCUUCAUCACCUACUCUGUCCACCAGUCUGCCAAGCAGAGAGACCGACGCUACUCUUUUCUCUACCCCAUAAUGGAGAGGGACUACGGGGGCAGAGAUGGGGCACGAAAGCUCCGCAACAUCAAUGGGAUUCUAGUCCAGCAUGGCGGAGACGGCGGAGGAGGGAAGGAGGAGCCUGACUGCCUGGAGGUGAAGGAGAUCCCCAAUGCCCCUCGGGGCCUCACCCACGGGAAGAGCUCCAAGGUUCGCCGGCAAGAGGGGAUCUCUCGCUUCUACAUCAUUCAGGUGGUAUUCCGAAACGCGCUGGAGAUCGGUUUCUUGGCCGGGCAGUACUUCCUUUACGGCUUCAGUGUGCCUGGGAUUUUUGAGUGCGACCGCUACCCGUGUCUCAAGGAGGUGGAGUGCUACGUGUCACGGCCGACGGAAAAAACGGUCUUCUUGGUGUUCAUGUUUGCCGUGAGCGGCAUCUGCGUGGUGCUCAAUCUGGCCGAGCUCAACCACCUGGGCUGGCGCAAGAUCAAGGCCGCCAUCAGGGGCGUGCAAGCCCGCAGGAAGUCCAUCUGCGAGAUCAGGAAGAAGGAUAUGGCACAUCUGUCCCAGCCGCCCAACCUGGGCCGCACACAGUCCAGCGAAUCAGCCUACGUCUGACGAUGAAGCCAAGACAAGGAGGAGGAGUAGAAUGAAUGUGUGAGAGGGCAAAUAAAUUACUACUUUCAUUAAAUGGAGACGGUUGAAGGAGAUGACCUGUUUCUCUGAGACGAUGGUAUGAAACAGAAUGUAAAAAAGACCAAACCUCUGGCUCCAUGACUCAAGAGAGGAGGAAAAAAAAAAGAUCAUAAAGCAUGAAAGAGGACAAAAAAACUUUUGUUCUGCAAAUGAACACAAGACUUUUUGAUCUCGUGAUGAGAUGCUUUAACUGCCAUUUUAUACUUUGACUUUUUUACCUAAUUACCUUCUCUUCUGCUCCGAGCUUCUCGUAAUGGGAAGAACUGAGUCCUCAUGGGGCCGGAGAGGGGA